GGACCAACGUGAUUUGUGCAGCAUUAGUGAUAAGUGGACUUAAUUUUCUACGUAAACUAGGGAAUUUCAUAGAAUAUAAUGCAUCUUUAUCUAUUUAAAUUCACAUAGAGAUAUAGUGGGUUAAUAGGUGAAGAUAGGUUUGGUAUAACUUGAGAAAGUAUAUCGAAUAAAAUAGGAAAUCCCGCUGUCACAUGAAUAAUAAAUACCUUGGAAGUGUGCAAGUUAGUGCAUGACUCGUUCUGAAAAUACAGAACUUGCACCUUUUGAUCCUGAGAUUGAGCGCACUUUUCAUCAAUUGAAAAACCAGAGGACAGCACUUGUUAAGCCAAUUGACAUCAUGGCUGAAGAUCCAGUAGCAAAUCAAGCCAUUAGAACAUUGAAAGACUAUGCUUCACCUUCAAUUGAAGGAACUGUUUCAAGCAUAAGGAGACCAGCUAUCCAAGCAAAUAAUUUUGAAAUUAAGCCAGCAACAAUUCAGAUGAUUCAACAAUUUGUGCAAUUUUUUGGGUUGCCAAGUGAUGAUCCUAAUGCUCAUAUUGCUAACUUUUUAGAGAUUUGUGAUACUUUUAAAUAUAAUGGAGUUUUUGAUGAUGUUGUUAGACUAAGGCUUUUUCCAUUCUCUCUGCGAGACAAGGCAAAGAAUUGGUUAAAUUCUUUACCUGUUGGGUCGAUCACCACAUGGGAUAUGAUGGCUCAAAAAUUUUUAAGUAAGUUUUUUCCUCCUGCUAAAACUGCUAAGAUGCGUAACGAUAUUGCCACUUUUGUACACACUUUUUAUAAUGGUUUAUUUCCUAAUAAUCGUACCAUGCUUGAUGCUACUGCUGGAGGAUCAUUAAUGAGUAAACAUGCUGAUGAGGGUUAUAACCUCAUAAAGGAGAUGGCUUCAAAUAGUUAUCAAUGGGGUUCGGAAAGAUCACACAUUAAGAAAAAUGCUGGGAUUUAUGGGGUUGAUGCCUUUACUGCUUUGACAGCACAAAUUGAGGCUUUAAACCAAAAGUUAACUAGAAUGAAUGUCUCAACUAUACAAGCCACAAGCAUUAAUUGUGACUUGUGUGGGGGAGCACAUCCUAGUUCUGAAUGUCUAAAAGGUAAUUCUUUUAUUUCUUCAUCUGAACAUGCUAACUUUGUUGGUUUUAAUAAGCAGCAAAAUAAUCCAUACUCCAAUACAUAUAAUCCGGGAUGGAAGAAUCAUCCAAAUUUUUCUUGGAGUAACAACCAAAACAUAGUAAAGCAACCUCUAGGAUUUCAACAACCACUUGAGAAAAAGUCUGAUUUGGAGGAUUUGUUGAAAAAAUACAUUGCGGUUAAUGAAUCAAGGUUUCAAAGUCAAGAAGCAGCAACCAAGAGCUUGGAAGCUGCAGUCCAGAACCAAGGUGCAUCAAUUCGGAAUUUAGAGGUUCAGGUAGGUCAAUUGGCAAGUGUAGUUUCUGGAAGAGCACAAGGAGCGUUACCAAGCAGUACUGAAAAAAAUCCUAAGGAACAAGUGAAAGCUGUAACAUUGAGAAGUGGGAAGCAAAUUGGAGAUGAAGAAAGCUCAAACAAUGAGGGUGAAAAAGAGAAAGUUCCAACGAAAGAGAAAAAAUCUGAAGAAGUCAAGCCUUAUGUGCCUCCAAUUCCUUUUCCACAUAAAUUGAAGCAACAAAAGCUAGAUAAGCAAUUUGCUAAGUUUCUAGAUAUUUUGAAGAAAUUGCACAUUAACAUUCCUUUUGCAGAUGCUUUAGCUCAGAUGCCUAGCUAUGCUAAAUUCUUAAAGGAGAUCUUAUCUAACAAGAGGAAAUUGGAAGAGUAUGAGAUUGUGAAACUCACUGAAGAAUGUUCUGCAAUUCUUCAGAAUAAGCUUCCCCCAAAGCUAAAAGAUCCAAGGAGUUUUACAAUUCCUUGCACAAUUGGAAAUUGUCAUUUUGAUAAAGUUUUGUGUGAUUUGGGAGCCAGCAUUAAUCUGAUGCCAUUUUCUAUUUUCAGGAAACUGGGGCUUGGUGAGGCAAAAGCAACAACAGUAUCUCUUCAAUUGGCAGAUAGAUCCAUCAAACAUCCAUGGGAUAUUAUUGAAGAUGUCCUGGUAAAAGUAGAUAAAUUUAUCUUUCCUACUGAUUUUAUAGUUUUGGACAUGGAAGAAGACCAUGAGGUACCUCUUAUCUUAGGCCGACCUUUUCUAGCCACUAGUAGAACUUUAAUUGAUGUGCAGCAAGGAAAAUUGAUGCUUAGGGUGGAAAAUGAACAAGUUACUUUUAAUGUCUUUGAUGCCAUGAAAUACCCAUCUGAUAUUGACUCUUGUUUUAUGAUGGAAACAAUUGAUGAAACAAUUAAUGAGAUGUUGCAGGAAGAUUGUCCAGAUCUGCUGGAGGCAUGUGUUGUUCAUUCCAAAGACAUUACUGCUGAAAAUGAGGACAUUAGGGAGUAUGCAUUUCAUUUGGAAGCUUGCCCACCAUUCUUGAACUCAAAGGAGCCAAGUAUUCAAGAUUUUAGAGCUAAUAUGCCUCGGCUAAAACCAUCACUAGAAGAACCUCCAAAACUUGAACUCAAGCCUUUACCUGUUCAUUUAAAAUAUGCUUAUUUAGAUGAAGAUCUUUCUUUGCCUGUAAUUAUUUUUUCUUCUUUGACAGGUUUAAUGGAGGAAAAGCUUCUUCGAGUUUUAAGGGAGCACAAAGGAGCAUUUGGGUGGACAAUAACCGACAUAAAAGGAAUUAGUCCCUCAAUUUGCAUGCACAAAAUAUUCAUGGAGGAAAGCUACAAACCGAGCAUUCAACCACAAAGGCGUUUAAAUCCACACAUGCAAGAGGUAGUGAAAGCUGAGGAGGGUAUAGUGCUUGGACAUAAAGUUUCUCAAAAAGGUAUUGAAGUUGAUAGAGCAAAGGUAGAAGUGAUUGAGAAAUUACCCCCACCAACUUCCGUGAAGGCUGUGAGGAGUUUCCUUGGACAUGCAGGAUUUUAUAGGAGAUUUAUUAAGGAUUUUGCUAAAAUAGCUAAACCUCUUUCUAAUCUCUUAGCUAAGGAUAUUCCUUUUAAUUUUUCUGAUGAAUGUUUGCAUGCUUUUAAUAUUUUGAAGGAAAAACUUAUAAAUGCACCCAUCAUGGUGGCACCAGAUUGGAAUCUACCUUUUGAGCUUAUGUGUGAUGUAAGUGAUAGUGCUGUAGGAGCUGUCUUGGGACAAAGAAAGAACAAAAUUUUUCAAACCAUAUAUCAUGCCAGCCACACCCUUUCAGAAGCUCAAUUGAAUUAUACAACCACAGAAAAUGAACUUUUGGCGGUAGUAUUUGUUUUUGAUAAAUUUCGUUCUUAUUUGAUUGCUAACAAAGUUGUGGUUUAUACUGAUCAUUCUGCUCUUAAGUAUUUGCUUGCAAAGAAGGAUGCAAAACCAAGGUUAAUUAGAUGGAUUUUAUUGCUACAAGAAUUUGACCUAGAGAUUAAAGACAAGAAAGGGAUUGAAAUUUCAGUUGAUGAUCAUUUGUCAAGGCUUAAAAAUCCUAGCCAAGAGGUAAGUGCAUGCCCGAUUAGGGAAGAAUUUCCAGAUGAGCAACUUUACAUUAUUAAGGUUACAUCUUCUCCCUGAUUUGCUGACUUUGCAAAUUAUUUGGCAUGUAAUAUUCUUCCUCCUGAUUUAUCUUAUCAACAAAAGAAGAAAUUCUUUUCUGAUGUGAAAAAUUAUUUUUGGAAAGAACCUUUUUUGUAUAGAUUGUGUGCAGAUCAGAUUAUUAGGAGAUGUGUCCCUGAAGAAGAGGUAGCUAGCAUACUUCAUCAUUGCCAU